AUGGCCACUACCAAGAAAAAUAACCCACUUACCUCACUUACCCAACAGGUAAGGAGGAACUCUGGUGUAGACCCGGAAAUGGAUUUGAAGGACUUAAUUUGGAGUUUAAAAAGUGAUAUUGGAGAUAUGAAAAAGGAGUUCAAUGAAUUAAAGACAGAAUUGACUGGGAAAGUGAGAGACAUUAAUGAAAAAUUGGACAAUAUGGGAGGGAAAAUAGAGGAAAACUCCAAAUCAAUUGUGGAGUUAAACCAAAAAAUAAAAACAGUAGAAGGGGGAAAUGAGGAAAUAAUAAAGACAAUAAAAGAACUCCAAAUUAAAGUCCAAAACCUAGAGGAAGUAAAUAAAAAAUUAUCAAAAGAAGCUAAGGACAAUAGAAGGGAAUGUGAAAGAAUAAGAAAGGAAAAUGAGGAAUUCAAAAUAACUCAGGAAGCCACAUGGGACGCAAUGUCGAUUCUCCAGAUGCAAUCAAAAGAGAGAAUUCUGAGAAUGAGGGGGAUACCAGAAAAUGUGGAGGAAAAUGUACAAAUGAAAAUUACUAAAGAAUUAGCAAUCUGGCUCAACAUGGAAGAGGAGGAAAUAACACAAAACAUAGAAAGUGCAUUUAGAGUAAACUCCAAAAAAGCUAAAUCAAACAAUUGGCCUGGAGAUUGUCUGAUAACGCUUACUACAAACAAAAUGAAAAACUUAAUACUACAAACACAAGGAAAGAAAAAAUUAAAAAUUGAGGAACAAGAAAUAAUCAUACUGAAAGAAAUUCCACCACGUCUACUGAAAAAAAGAGACAAUUUCCAAUUUUUAACCAAAGCGCUUAAGGCAAAUUCAAUUCUCUUUAAAUGGGAGUUCCCACAGGGAAUUUCUUUUACAUUUAAAGGGAAAAGGAGGAGAAUAGAAACACGUGAAGAUGCCAAAAUAUUCUGGAGGAAAUACUGGAAACCGUUAGGAGGAAAAGGACCAGGAAUAGAAGGUGAAUCUGUGGCUCCGGAAAAUGAAAUUGAGAGCGAAGCAACAGCGCUCCUUAAUUUUUCAGUAUUCUGGACUCAAGUUCAAAGUCAAGUUCUCGUGUCUUCCAGUUCACCACUUGUUCCAACCUUUUCCUCCACAACAAUCUCCACAGAGGAAGGGUGUGGCAAACACAAGUUCUGUUUCAGUAACCCUGCAGGCUGCAGCCCAAGCAACCCAAACUGUUACUUCAUGUCAUCCGCAGCAUUAGGGAGCAAUGCUUUCCAAUUUGAAAUGAGUGGACUUUCAGAUGGAUAUGUAGCCAUUGGCUUUUCUGAUGACAUGAUAAUGGGAGAUGAUGAUGUUUAUAUUUGUGGUAAGAAUGCAACAGAUCGCAUAGAGGUUCAACACGCCUUUUCAACUGGACGUACUGCUCCCAGCCCAAGGCCUCUGGGGAACGUGGACGUUCUGACAACAUCCUUCAGCGAGGGAAUUAUCAGGUGUUCUUUCAUUUCAAGAAACCCCAUAUCAACCCAGCCAAGAAGCACUGACAGUUUGUACUACAUAUUUCUGGCUUUUGGGCCAUCGUCCGCUGAUGGGAGGAUACGGAAGCAUCCCAGGACACCCUUUAUUACUGAUCAGAAGGUGAACAUUUCAAGCUUUGCAUCAGUAGGUGGCACCAGUUCUACACCCUUGAUCAUCAAAGCUCAUGGAGCCCUCAUGUUGAUCGCUUGGAUGACCACAGGCAGUGUGGGAAUGAUAUUUGCCAGGUACUUGAAGAAAUCCAUCAAAAAACCUCUCUUGGGUAAAGAUGCUUGGUUUCAGAUCCACUUUUUGAUGAUGUUGCUAACUAUCGUGGCAACGGCAAUCGCUUUCAUAUUAAUCUUUGUGGCAGCAAAUGGGUGGAGUGAGAGUGCAGGAGCUCAUGCUGUUAUUGGAUGCAUUGUCAUGAUUCUCUCUUUGAUUCAACCAGCCGUAGCUUUUUUCCGACCAUCUCUUCAAGAUAACCGGAGGUUUAUUUUUAAUUGGUUUCACAUGCUAAACGCAUUAGUCAUCAAAGUUUUGGCAGUUGCCGCCAUAUUUCUGGGACUGCAAAUGCUCAGCAGCUCUCCUAGCCAAUGGAUGGUUAAAACAAUGGGAGGCUUCGUGGCCUGGGAAGUCUUAGCAGCUAUCCUGAUGGAUGUAACUCUGUGGUUGAAAAAGAAAGAAAUGCAUGAAGAUUCAAACACCAAGGUGAAAAGUGAAGUGAUACUGCUGCUGAUGUAUCUGUGUGGCAACCUGGCAUUUUUAAUAGCUCUGCUUACAGGUAUUGGAGGUUCCUAAAGCCGGUUUCCUGUUUGGAGGAAGAAUGAAAAUGGCUUCUGCUCUUUUCCUACCCAGACAGAAAUUUUCAACCUCCUCUGUGCAAUUGUCUACCUGGAUGUACCGACUACUUGUUGAAAGGCAUCAACACUGAUCAUGAAAGUUGUCUGAUAAUGAUUCUAAGGGAAACUAAUUUACAAAUGAAGCCAAAUAUGGCAGAUGCAAGCGCAUGAGUGUGUUGACAUGGAAUGCAUCUGUAGUCCUGACCAUGUUUGAUGUACCUACCUGAUCAACAUUUGGAUAUUGGCAGGGUUUCUUUUUCAAGCCAUGGCAAGAGAAACACUCCCCCUUCUUUUGUGAUGCCAUCUUAAUCAGUUAUUCUGUUACUUUAAAUUUAAGGCUGGAUUUGCAAUUUCACUCUCAGACAAAUUCUAAGUACCGGUACUACAGAGGCUUCAUUAGUACUCCCUUUAACUUGACAAAUACAAGUACGAUCAUCAACACAAUCUUUCUACCACGCGGAGGCUGCAACCCUGCAAACAUUUUAUUUGCAAGUAAACCCUACUGGCUAUCUUGGAAUGCAUGUCUGAUUAAGACUGCAGUGCCUGUGUGGUCAGCUGCGUGGAGAUAAACACAGAUCUCUCGCCUCUGCAGACUGCUCCAUUCAUUUCAGAGGAAGAGCACAAUCUGUGGUCACAUUUUUUGACAUGAGUCGUGCUAGGGAGCUCUUUCAUCAGUGAACAAUUAUUGGAGCACGGCAUACAUUUAAUUAUGACAAUCCCCAAAUUAAUCACAUUGCUCUCUUAAUAUGCCCCCCAUGGUUUUGCUGUCCUUAAAUUACUGAUCUAGUCCAGCAACUAUUGGCAAGACCUUGGGUCGUCCCAAGCUGCAAAUGUUUUGUCACAUUUUACAACUCAGUGCCAGUGUUCUAAAACCAUUAGCAAUAGAUGUUUCACAUGUAACACAAUAAUCAUGAUAGCUGUCGAAGCACAGAUUUAUGAAUUUAGAAUCCAUUUGGCUCUGCUGUCUAAAUGCGAUACUGGCUGGCUGCCCCUUACAUGAGCCUCGUUCUCUGUUCUUCAUCCUCUUCCUUGCUGCUUUCUCACUCCACAGAAGAGAUGACUUCUUUUUUUGCCUCCACAUGCCUGCAUUCUGUUAUUUGCCUUCAAUCUGCAAUCCUCAACAAUGUCCAAGAGGAAUUUUGUGGUCUUCCUCCACAAGACAGCACUUGCUGUUUAGCCUCGUUCCUCCCACCUGUUCCCUGAAUACAUAGAACCAUAAAAUUGUAGAGAUGGAAGGCA